GACGACCGCACGACCGACGAAUUUAUUUUCAACAGAAGCCGUUCAUUCCCAGCAUCACUCUCUCUACCUCGCUGCUGCUUCGCCUAAUAUCAUCAUGUGGAUGUUCAACUGGUUCUGGGAUGUGCUCUCCAGCCUGGGCCUGCUGAACAAGCACGCCAAGCUGCUGUUCCUGGGUCUCGAUAACGCCGGCAAGACGACGCUGCUGCACAUGCUCAAGAACGACCGUGUCGCGAUCCUCCAGCCUACGCUCCACCCCACCUCCGAGGAGCUCGCCAUCGGCAACGUCCGCUUCACGACCUUUGACCUGGGCGGUCACCAACAGGCACGACGACUCUGGAAGGACUACUUCCCCGAGGUCAACGGCAUCGUCUUCCUCGUCGACGCCAAGGACCACGAGCGCUUCCCCGAGGCCAAGGCCGAGCUCGACGCCCUCCUGUCCAUGGAGGAGCUGCAGAAGGUGCCGUUUGUCGUCCUCGGCAACAAGAUCGACCACCCCGACGCCAUCUCCGAGGACGAGCUGCGUCACCACCUGGGCCUGUACCAGACGACGGGGAAGGGCAAGGUGCCGCUGGAGGGCAUCCGGCCGAUCGAGGUCUUCAUGGUGUCUGUUGUCAUGCGCCAAGGAUACGGCGAUGCCAUUCGAUGGUUGUCGCAGUACGUCUAGACGACGUGGACUGGCCCACUGGGCGGAUGGUGAGGAAGGGUGGUGUUUUUACCCAACGACCUCCCCAUCGGACGACGCCGAAGUCUGCGUGAAGCUUGCAACCGAGCGACGAUGACAGAUUGGGGCGUACAUGAUGAAAGGGGGGAUGUUGUAGACACGGAAGAGUUGGUGACGGGGGUUCAUAGCCGUGCUCCUAGGCUCCAUGGUUUAAGGGGGUCCUUCGGCUGGCAGUCAAUCAAACUCGUUCAUAGCGACGGGUUGUAGUAGAUUAUUGGAAUCGGAUGCGUUGCUUUGCGUCUUUUACC